GUACAAGGAAUCCUUAUUCAGAUCUAUUUGAACACUUCCAAUUCUAUUCAAGUCCGAAUUAUGUCUUGCAUCGCCAUCUUUCAAACCUACCCAGCUCUCCCCAUGGUGACAGCUAUUGCUAAUGCAGCAUUCAGAGAGAAGAAUCCAGUCCUUUACAGCUUUGUCUAUUCUCAGCUGAAGGCUUGGACCAAAACCAGGAUCCCAGCAUACUAUGAACUGUCUUCUGUUUGCAAUGUGGCCUUGAAACUUCUGAAUCCCAGGUUUUUCCGACUGUAUGAACGUUACAGCAAAGUUGUCCAUUUCAAUUUCUUUAAUAGCAUCCACAGAUUUGGCGCCAUUGCAAAAUUGUUUGUGAUUGACAACCCCAGAGGACCACUCCCCUCAAAUGUCAUGUUUAACACACAAUUAAUCUUUUCAG